AUGGGUGAAUAUCUGGGUCGUCGCCCCAUCAUUCAAUUUGGAUCUCUUUGGAUGAUUAUUGGCACCGUUAUUUCCGUUAGUGCAUUUGAAGAGUUUGGCAAAUGGGGUCUCGGUCAAUUCGUUAUUGGUCGUACGAUUUCCGGUAUUGGCAACGGUAUGAACACUGCGACGAUCCCCGUGUGGCAAUCUGAGAUGUCCAAGGCCGAGUAUCGUGGUAUGCUGGUCAGCUUUGAGGGUUCUGUUAUUGCUGUUGGUACCAUGCUUGCGUACUGGAUAACGUUUGGUACCACGUAUGCGACCGGCAGCAUUGAAAGUCUUACUUGGCGUUUCCCCAUUGCACUCCAGAUUGUCUUUGCGAUCUUCAUUCUUAUUAUGAUUUGGGGUCUCCCCGAGUCUCCGCGUUGGCUGCUUGCGAAACGCCGAACCGAUCAGGCUCGCUUUGUGCUGAAGGCGCUUGCCGGCAAAAAAGCCGAUGACGAGACGAUCAAUGAAGAGAUCCGUAUUUUGGAGGAGGCCAUUGACGCGUCGACAAACAAGAAUGGUUUCCGCGAAGUGUUUACGAACGGCAGGGGGCAAAACUUCCGCCGUAUGCUUCUCGGUGCCUCGGGUCAGUUCUUCCAGCAGUUUACUGGUUGUAAUGCCGCUAUUUACUACUCAACCGUGCUAUUUGAGACGAUGCAACAGGGUCGUCGUAUGUCGCUUAUUAUGGGUGGUAUCUUUGCUUCCGUUUAUGCCAUCUUUACGCUGCCCGCGUUUUUCCUUGUCGAGCGUGUUGGUCGUCGUAACCUCUACUUAAUCGGUGCUAUCGGUCAAGGUUGUGCCUUCUUUAUUACCAUGGGCUGUCUUGCCGCUGUGGAUGCGCGUGCUGAUCCCACGGACAAUCAGUCGAAACAGGACCGUAAGGGUGCCGUGGUUGGUUUGUACAUCUUUAUUGUCUUCUUUGCAUUUACCAUUUUGCAACUUCCCUGGAUUUACCCGCCCGAGAUCAACCCCUCUUCCACCCGUACUGCUGCCGUCUCCCUCUCGACUUGCUCAAACUGGGCGUCGAACUUUGCCGUCGUCAUGUUCACUCCGAUUUUUAUAAACUCGAGCGAAUGGGGCUGCUAUCUCUUCUUUGCCUUGAUGAACUUUAUCUGGGUUCCUAUUAUUUUCUUCUUUUACCCCGAGACCGCUGGUCGUACACUCGAGGAGAUGGAUGUCAUAUUUGCCAAGGCGCACGUCGAGGGCCGCCCCGUCUGGCGCGUUGCUGCUACCAUGCCGAAGCUUACUGCCGAAGAAACCGAACAGGAGUCUAUCAAGCUUGGUCUUUACGGCAACCGAAAUUCGGAAAAGACGGGUGUAAACGCAGAGUCUCCUGCGCAACUUGCUCCUGAUGAGCAUAACGAAGCUACCGCUGAGGCGUAA